CAUAGGCAGGUGGAGGGAAUAGGGUUCCCCGGCGCCCCAGCCACCGCCGCCGCCGACCCCGACCCCGACCCCUCCGGCGACCCUCCGCGCCCGCCCAGAAUCUGCAGCUCAACCUAACACAGCCGCCGCCAGAGAAGAGCCCUAGAUGGGGGGCGGGCCACGGACGUUCCCAGGCGGGCUGUCCAAGUGGCAGCACAAGCGGAUGCACGAGAAACUGGCGCGGGGGAAGGAGCGGGGCCUGCUCCGCCACGAGAAGCAGCUCUACCUCGCCCGCCUCCGCUCCGAGAUCCGCGCCUCCCACCUCCCCGGCGCCCACGCCUCCCCCGCCGACCAUGCCGGCCCCACCUCCUCGCGCGCCCACAUCCGCGCCCUCGCCGACCGCUUCCUCCGCCCCGGCGCCGAGGACCUCUGGAACGACGACGACGGCCCGCUCCGCCGCGCACGGCUCCCCCUGCAUCAGCAGCAGCAGCCCGCGAGGAGCCUGCCGUCCGGCGCCCGGAUGGUCGACUGGAAGCAGGUGGAGUCCGGGGAGAAGCUGAAGCCGCCCCGGGGAGGAGGGGACUGGAAGGAUUGGGAGGAGCUGGAUUCUGGGGAGCCGACGGCGGGAAGGGGAGCCGGAAAUGAGCCGCGAUUGCCCGCCGCGUUCAACCAGAGGAGAGGGUACGGGACGGCCGCUCCCUGGUGGUGGCAAUGGAGCCCGGGCUCCGGCACGCCUUCACAGAGGAAGGAGGCGUCCUUCGGCUUCUUCGGUCCGAAGAGAUGCUACUCGGUGAUGCCUCCAUGCUCGCCGUGCCGGGAAUCGGGUGCUGCGCUGAUGCCGUUGGUUGCUAGACAGCUCGCCGAGGCUGGAGAUGGCAGGAAGGCGACACCGUUGGCUCUGUUUUAUACUCAGGAGAGGUUGUACUCUGUAGCAGCCACGCGGCGGUUUGGCCAGAAAUGGAGGCCGGAUUCAUCGGACGAGGAUGAGGAGGUUAUGCCGGCUGCUAGGGAUCUGAGGUUGGCAAAAUUCGUGGCUUCGAGGGAAGAUGAGUCGGAAGAUGAUGAACCGGGGGAGACGAGCGCCAUCAGGAGGAAAUGGAGCACUGCUGCUCUGAGGAACUGUGAUAUGAAGAGAGAUAGGAGACCGCUCAAGUCCUACGAGGAGGAAAGCGAUGAUGAUAUCACUGGUAGAAUCCAAGAGCUGCGAGAGGAGAUAAGAAACAGGGAGGUGCUGGGUGCUGAGAGGAGGCGGUACGAGUCAAGGGGUGAAUCUGUGUUUACCAAUAAAAGAUUCGAUGAGUGUGGCAUCUCCCCACUUACUGUCAAAGCACUCACUGAUGCUGGAUAUAUACAGACAACUGUUGUCCAGGAAGCAGCUCUUCCAGUUUGUCUUGAAGGUAAAGAUGUUCUUGUCAAGGCCAAAACUGGAACCGGCAAAAGUGUAGCUUUUCUGCUUCCUGCAAUUGAAUCAGUCUUGAAUGCCAUGAAGAGCCAUACAAAUCAUCGAGUGUCUCCAAUAUUUGCCCUUGUUCUAUGCCCUACAAGAGAGCUUGCCGUCCAGGUUACAGCUGAGGCAAAUGUUUUGGUGAAGUACCAUCAUGGAGUGGGUGUUCAGUCUCUUAUUGGUGGUACCAGAUUCAAGCUUGAUCAGAGACGAUUGGAGUCUGAUCCAUGCCAGAUUUUAGUGGCAACACCUGGUAGGCUGAUGGAUCAUAUUGAAAACAGAUCUUCAUUUUCUGUCCGCUUGAUGGGAUUGAAAUUGCUUGUGUUGGAUGAAGCUGACCACUUGCUUGAUUUGGGUUUUCGCAAAGACAUAGAGAAGAUUGCUGAUAGCUUGCCACGCCAAAGACAGACACUACUAUUUUCAGCUACUGUUCCAAAAGAGGUUCGAAGGGUUUCACAGAUGGUUUUAAACAAGGAUCAUGUUUUUGUUGAUACAGUGGGCUUGGGGGCUGUUGAAACUCCUACUAAGGUACAACAGCAAUAUCUCGUGGUACCACAUGAACUGCAUUUUCAUAUGGUUCAUCGCCUUCUUCGAGAGCAUAUUGAUCAGGAAGUGGACUAUAAGGUGAUAGUUUUCUGCACAACUGCCAUGGUGACUGAAUUUAUGUAUAUAAUGCUUCGAGAUCUGAAGCUAAACGUCAGAGAGAUACAUUCAAGAAAGCCCCAGCUUUAUAGAACACGUAUUUCUGAAGAGUUCCGGGAUUCCAAUCGCCUGAUUCUGGUAACAUCAGAUGUUUCAACACGUGGAGUGAACUAUCCAGAUGUUACCCUAGUGAUUCAGGCUGGUGUUCCUCCUGGUAGAGAGCAUUAUAUUCAUCGUCUUGGAAGGACUGGAAGGGAAGGUAAAUCUGGGAAAGGAAUUCUGUUGAUUGCGCCAUGGGAAGAGUAUUUCUUGAAGGAGAUACAUGAUCUUCCAAUACAGAAGGCUCCUGUGCCACAGAUUGACCAGGAGAUGAAACAAAAGGUUGAUGAUUCGAUCAAGAUUGUUGACAUGAGCAUCAAGGAAGCCGCAUACCAUGCAUGGCUUGGUUACUAUAACUCGAUAGCUGAUAUUAGCAGAGACAAAGUCAUGCUUGCUGACCUGGCAAGUAGGUUUGGCGUCUCUAUCGGCAUGGAAAAGCCUCCGACGCUAUUUAGGAAAACCGCCUUGAAGAUGGGGUUAAAGGGUGUACCAGGAAUUCGGAUAAGAAAAUGAAUAACCAAGCUACAUUUUGUCUCCCAUUCUGUAAUUCGCCUUAUUUCUAAUUUACGGUACAUCAAGUCUGAAACUGAUCGAUGUCUUGUUGACUGGCUCAAAUGAAGAACGACUCUCACUUUUUUCUUACGGCCUUACACUCAUGUGAUUGAGCUUUGGCCAACUGUGACAGAUAUGUGUUACCCUUGCCAUUAUUGCUAUAUUGUCCAGCCUCA